UUUCUAAUAUAAUCGUCCGUCUUGUUUGAAAAGCGAAGAAAUGGCCCAACAACAAGACAAUCAACACCAAAGUCAGCCUUGGUACGUUACAAGUAUACUAACAACUUGGCGUCAACCCCGUGUUUGGCUUUUUUAACCUUUUGAUUUCACCUUCAGGCAUGAAUCAUGGCAGCAGCAACCCCAACAACAGCCUUCGCAACAACAGGCCGAUCCGAACUAUAAUCCACAAGCGUACGGAACUACAGAUCCUAACUACUCGUAUUAUCAAUAUCCACAACAAGCAGGUGACCAGUCAUACUAUCAAAAUUAUUACCAAUACCCAUCGUCUUCCACAUCUUCUGCACCACCUGCACCAGGUACUUCGCAGUACCAAUACGAUUACAGCAGUUACGGCUAUCCCAAUGGAUCAAAUUAUGGAAGUUACGGCGAUUUUGCGCAGUACUCACAACAUCCACAACAGGCAGUUUCUGCUCCUCCUCCUACCGCAACUUCUGAAACACCGGCCUUUCCGUCAAAUUCACAAUACGCGUACAACGACAACUCUUAUUACUAUCCGAAUGGCAGUAAUAAUCAGUGGAAUAAUCAACAAGCUCCCCCUCUCCCGUCUCAAACAGCAGCCACUACUACUCAGCGACAUACAGCCCCAACAAUGACUGCACGGGAGCCUCCAAGCUAUAUUAAAGUGUCUGCAACAG